AUGACGUUCUAUCAUGACAACACGCUCACCAUGAUGGGUCUUGAUAGCAGUCCUUUAGACUUCCUCUACGCGCCAUCUUCAUCGAAGCGCACGUACAGCGAGAUGUCCCAAGGUGAGAUGAUGUCGCCAUCUUGGCUCGACUUUCAUAACGUCGGAUUAGCAUCGUCAUCCUCCAGCGGAGAGCUGCAGCAGGUCAACGCCUUCCAAGGUGGUAGCGGAGAGACAUACCACCUCGGCAAUUCCCAAGGUGGUGUUCCAAGCAACGAGGAUGUCUCAUUGCCCGCGAAUUAUGAGCAUGAGAUCCCAGGCCUCGACAGCGCCGCGAACGAAGCCACCGAUGACACCACGGACAUUGCGCCCGGUGCGAGUGCCAACACUGGUGCUGAGUACGGUCCCGCCGCUGGAGAAGGCGCGCGCACCAUUUGCAAGCAGGAAGAGGAAGAAACCCAAGUGAGUCUGACCCCCUAUGGCGGCAGCGAAUAUGAUGAAAGCGAGUACGAUGGGCAUCGCCGGUCUAAAGUUCCUAAGCUGAACAAAGACGGCGUACCUCGUAAGCCACGCCAGCCCCGUCCCAAGCUCUUGAAGUGGGACGACAACGAUUGGAAGAACGUUGCUCUCGGUCUUGUCUGGGCUUGUGGUGAGAAUGGAAUUCAGAUCCCAUUCGACCAAGCUUCGCAAGUUGUCAGUGAGUCCUGUACUGCGGGUGCACUACAACAGGCUCUCUUAAAGCUGCGUGGCAAACAGAUCGCUGAGGGCUUCCAAAUUCCGUCGUUGCGCAUGGCGUGGACGCGCAAGAACAAGAACGGCACCUUUACAACGUCCACUGCUAACCCAAACCUCCUACAGGGUACGGAAAAGAACCUCAUUCCCAAGAAGAGACCAACACGCUUCAUCGGAACUCAGACCCUUAUGGUUGUUCUUAAGCGAGCAUAUAUUGAUGCUGACCGGGCCCGUCUAGCGUUUCCUCACAACCUUACCAACGCCCAGCGUGUCAACGAGGGCAUCCAGCAGGUCAACGAGGCCGCGCAGCAGGUCCACGAGGUCGCCCAACAGGCCAACGAGACCGCGCAGCAGGCCACGGCUACGUUCCCUGUGUCCCCUAUAGGUACGCUGAACCGAGGAUUCCUACAGGCAACUGGUGGGUUCGCAUUUCAGCCAUCUUUGGGCUACCCCAUGGUCGCAACGAAUGCAACCACUGGCGCUUUCUACCAUGACCCUCAGCCGCAGACUAGCCCUGGCACAGGCCCAUUCGAUCAACCUUUCAGGAUGCCUAUAGCGCCAGCUCAACUCGGCACCGUCUACGAGGAGAAUGAGGAUGAGAACCUAAUGCAUGGGUUGCCUAUGUCCCCCACCCCGAAUGUGUUUGGUGCUGCUCGCCGUCACCGUCGCAAUGCUCCUAGUAUUCUGAACAUGGCCUCCCUGUCCGGCGCCACUGUCCCUUCGAAUGCUUCGUAUUCCGCGCCUGCUACCCCUUUCAUGUUUGGAGGACGAAUCAAGCUUGGCGACCAGAACGUCGUGUGGGGCAAGGGUAUUGUUGAUGAGUCCGGCAUCAUUAACGCUGACCACGCCAUCCCCGUUCCAAAUUACAAAGGCACCUCCCACAUGAUCGGUUUUAACAACGAGUUCCGCCGCGACGGCCCUGGAGGUGGCGGUAAUGGCAUCUCGGACAACGCCAACUCUCCUGGCUCGAACAGCCACGGCGGUGGUAUGGUACACUAA